AUGUCGUACCAAUUGCGCCCAACACAACCACAACAGCAGAAACAACGGGAGGAGGAUGGGGGGCAAGAUGAAUAUAACACCUAUAGCACGGAUGGUUACGGCCAACAGGCCUAUACGCAUGCCCAGCCGGGGCAGCAGCCGGAGAUGAUGCAAAUCCAGCCACAAUUACCUUCCCCGGUGGCCUAUCCAGCAACACCGUUCUACCACGACAGAUCUUCGCGUACACAGACAUGGGCGUCUAACCAACCGUCGGCCAUAUCGCCGACGACGAUGGGUAACACACCUUUAAGCGAAUGGGCUGGUAGCCCUUUUGACUACCACGUACCCGGAGGCUACUCUCCGACGAUGCCGCCACAGAAUAAAAAACAGGGCGCACGGGUAUGCGGCCUACCAAGAGGCCUCUUCUUUAUCGUCUUGGCCAUAGGAUUGUUUGGUCUUGUUGUCGCCAUCGCAGUCGGUUUAGGUGUGGGUUUGGGUGCGAGAAGCAACACCAUUUCCGAUUUUCCAGCUGAAAGUUUGAGUGGCAUGUCUUCGUCAUCGUACUUAUCGCCGACACCAACUACGCCAACAGCAACGGUCCCAACGACCCCAACUAAGGUGGCGCCGACGCCGAGCUUCACUGGUACUUUGAUUACAGGUCUCAUACUUUGUCCGGAGAACAACAAUACGGUGUACGUAUCAGAAGGUACAUCAAAACCGUUCAACAUACAGUGCGGGCGCGAUUAUAAUUCUGAUAGGGGUGCGGAAGAUAUCACUAAUAUAGAAACUUCCAACAUGGCUGAUUGUAUUAAUGCUUGUGGCGAGCGCGAAGGAUGCGUUGGCGUCGGCUGGGGCUAUACCUAUGGCUCUUAUCAGUGUUGGUUGAAGAGCAAACUUGGAGAGCCAAAUUCGAGCCCCCCGUGGUAUUUUGCUCAGUUGCAGAACAUGACUCUUGCAUAUUAA